GCGGGCGAGACAAAGGGGUGGGCCCGGCCGGUCCCGCCCCCAGCGCCCCGCCUGGCGCGGCCGGCCAGGCGCGCGUAUGGCUCCCGCGCCUCUGCUGCCCCGGCUGCCCCUGCUGUCCUCGCUGCCAUGUACCCCGCGGGUCCCCCGGCCGGCCCGGCCCCGCGCCGUGGCCGCCGCCCCCCGCCCGGGCGCAUGGCUUUCCGCAAGGCCUACUCUAUCAAGGACAAGCUGCAGGCCAUCGAGCGCGUCAAGGGCGGCGAGCGGCAGGCCAGCGUGUGCCGCGACUUUGGCGUGCCCGGCGGCACGCUGCGCGGCUGGCUCAAGGACGAGCCCAAGCUGCGCUGGUUCCUGGAGCAGCUGGGCGGCGAGGUGGGCACGCAGCGCAAGAAGAUGCGGCUGGCCAACGAGGAGGAGAUCGACCGCGCCGUCUACUCGUGGUUCCUGGCGCUGCGCCAGCACGGCGUGCCGCUGUCGGGGCCGCUCAUCCAGGCGCAGGCCGAGGCCUUCGCGCGCCAGAUCUACGGGCCGGAGUGCACCUUCAAGGCCAGCCACGGCUGGUUCUGGCGCUGGCAGAAGCGCCACGGCAUCUCCAGCCAGCGCAUCUACGGCGAGGCCGAGACCCCGGCCGCGGGCCCCGCGGCGGGUCCGCCGGUCAAGCAGGAAUCCGCGCAGCCUCCUGGCGCCAGCCCCCUGCCCGACCGCGGCCCGGCCCAGCCGCCCCCCGCCGAGGGCGGCUACGGCGACGAGCAGAUCUACAACGCCAACGUCACCGGUCUCUACUGGAAGCUGCUUCCGGAGCAGGCCGCGCCCCUGGGCACGGGGGACCCCGGCGCGGGGUACUGCGGCCGCCGCUGGCGGGGCGACAGGGUGACGGUGCUGCUGGCCGCUAACCUGACUGGCAGCCACAAGCUGAAGCCGCUGGUCAUCGGGCAGCUCCCGGACCCACCUAGCUUGCGCCACCACAACCAGGACAAGUUCCCGGCCUCCUAUCGCUACAGCCCAGACGCCUGGCUCAGUCGCCCACUUCUGCGGGGCUGGUUCUUCGAGGAGUUCGUCCCGGGCGUCAGGCGCUACCUGCGCCGCAGCUGCCUGCAGCAGAAGGCUGUCCUGCUGGUCGCUCACCCGCCCUGCCCGAGCCCAGCGGCCAGGAUACCCACCCUGGAGGAAAGCGAGGAGACCCCCAGGCGGUGUCGGCCUGAGCCCCUCGGCGCCCCGGAGGAGCUGCAGACCCCGGACGGGGCUGUGCGAGUGCUGUUCCUGUCCAAGGGCAGCAGCCGGCCGCACAUCCCUGCCCCACUGGAGCAGGGGGUGGUGGCUGCCUUCAAGCAGCUAUACAAGCGGGAGCUGCUGCGGCUGGCUGUGUCCUGCGCUGGGGGGUCCCCACUGGACUUCAUGCGCAGCUUCAUGCUUAAGGACAUGCUCUACUUGGCCGGCCUCUCCUGGGAUCUGGUACAGGCAGGCAGCAUCGAGCGCUGCUGGCUGCUGGGCUUGCGGGCAGCCUUUGAGCCCCGGCUAGCUGAGGAGUGUGCUGGGCAGCUGGCCGGCCAGGCCGAGGAGGCUGCCGAGCACAGCAGGGUGCUCAGCGACCUCACGCACCUGGCAGCCCUGGCCUACAAGCGCCUGGCACCCGAGGAGGUGGCCGAGUGGCUGCACCUGGAUGAUGAUGGGGGGCUGCCCGACAGCUGCAGAGAGGAGGCAGGCCCCGGCCGGCCCCCUGCGCUGGCCCCCGUGGCCCCUCUGCCCCUAGCCAGCCUACCCUCUGUCAUGAGGGGCGGAGAGGAGGAGGAGGCCGCCGUGCCCACCGCUGGGGAGGCUGUUCGGGGUCUUGAGACUGCUCUGCGAUGGCUGGAGAGCCAGGACCCCCGGGAGGUGGGGCCACUGAAGCUGGUGCAGCUGCGCUCACUUAUCAGCAUGGCCCGAAGGCUAGGGGGCAUCGGGCCUUCUCUGGCAGUCCCUGACGAUGGGGUGUGACCAAGCCUGCCUGAGGGGCCCCCCAAGCGGCCUUUCUCCUGCUGCACUUGGAGGGAGGGGACACACACAGUCUCCCCAUCUCCACGCCUCCCCUCUCCUGGGGUGACCCACCCCAUGGCUCAGGGAGUUACAGAGGUUGAAGCCCAGCCUCUCUUGGAGAGGCUCUGUUGGUGAGAGUCAUCCCGCUCCACGGUUGCCAGUCUCCUUUGGGGGAGCUGGGAGAGGGGCCCGGGUUCAGGUUUCUCCGCCCUGGGCAAGCACACGCAUGGGGUCUGCGGUCUUUGCAGGGUUCCCUCCCACACAUGCCUGGCAUGCAUGCCACAGCUCUUAUCAGAGAACAGUUUGCUGGGUGCCCGCCCUGGCCCCUGUGGGGCUGAGGCUUCCAGCCCCGAGCCUGUCCGCACUUCCUGCCGCCCAGCCAGUGGCCCGUGACUUGCACUGGACGAGGGCCCAGCACCCCCAUCUGUCUGGAGCCCUGGUGCCGUGUGUUUCCCGAACCACAGCCCUGAGAUCAUCUCAGUGGGGAAGCACACCACUCGGUUUUGGUUUUUAGUUCAUUAAAUCAUUUUUACAGAUACUCUUCAGGGGUCCAGGGUGGUGUCUCAGUCCCCAGCCUGGGGCUGGUCUCAGAGGCUGGCUCGGGUCUUCAAGGCUGGCUCUGUGGGCUGGGAAGGGAGGAUGGUGCCCAGCCCUUGGGGCCUCCAGAGGUUCUGGAUGCAGCAGGGAGUGUAGACUUCUGUUCCACCCAGAUUUUUAAUUUUCCUUAAGAAAAUUCCAUCUGAGCAGCUCUCUUAUUCUUUGGGGUUGGCGAGCAGUUGUACUUGGGCCCUGGUGAUUGACCAAUGACUGGACAAGCUCCCUGGACUCUCCUACCAGCCAGAGCCCACUUUGUCCAGCCCCAGGGCCUGGAGCCAUCUCAUCUACCCAGGAGCAGGCCCGCAGCACAGACAGCCGUGCCGGGACGAUCCUGCAGUGCCUUAGCACCCCUCCAAGGCUCCUCCUGCCGGGGCCUGCCCCCGAGGCUUCCCCACCUCUCCUGGCACUGCCCAGGGUCUGGCUGAGGAGCUGCUUCCUGCGGCCCCGGGAAUUGGGCUUCUGGGCAGCACGGGAGGAAAGGGCUCGGGUGUUACUGUCCAGCUCUAGAUUCAGCAUCCCUUUGGUGGUCUGAGGCCAAGAGAUGCCCGUGCCUCCCCAGGGGGCUGCCUUUGCAGAGAUGCUGCCCAGAGCCCUCAUGAGGGGCAGUGGGCCAGGUUUGGGCCCUGCCUGCCUCUCGGCUGUCUCCCGCAUCCUCACCAGUGCUGUGUCCUCUAGUGGUCCAGGACUGCAUAGGCUGCAGAAGGCGAUGCAUUCAUGAGAGGGUUGGCCUUGCGCUAGCUGGAGGGAGCCCCCAGCAAUUUCCACACGCAUCCAAGAACAUGAACUGUUCCUUGGAAGUGCUCCUAGUCGAAAAAACAUAUAUGUAUAUGUAUUUGACUUUUUUUUUUCCGACAUAAAUAUGUAUCUCAAAUCUGAAAGCCAAGGGAAGGUGUGGAGAAUGUGGAGAAGAGGAGCGAGGCUUGGCUAGCCAGGCCUAGGGCAGCAACCGUCAGCCGUGCCUGCUGGGGCCCAGCUGGCACCUCCUCUUCCAGCCUUCUUGAGCCUGGACACCUAAAGGAGCCUUUGGCAGUCAGGCUGGCCCUGGGUCUCUAAGCCAAGCAGCUGGCAGGGUCUUUAGGAAGUCCAGCUGAUGGCAACCCAGGGCUGGGAGCUCCUGGUCCUGAUGGCCAGUCUGCCUGCAGGGGUGUUUGGAGAGGCAGACCAGGGCCUAGGUGGGCUCCAAGUGACGGUGUGCUGGGGCCUGACACAUGGCCCAGGGUGGCCUCUGGUAGUGACCUUUCAGGCUUCAACAGCACUGCCCCUCUUGCCAUGGUUUCCCUCUCGAGUCCUCCUUCCGGGUCUACCCCUCUGUGGGCCUGGGCAGGGGAGGCUGGAGUUGGUAUUGAGACCCGAUGUCAGGAACAGGACCUCUCACCUGCCUCUCCGAGCGAUUUCACGUCAUACCAACCCCCUCCCCUCUGGGGAACGGAGGCUGCACACCAGGAGAUGGCUCUGGCUUGUCCCCGUGGGCCUGGAAGGGCACUGUACAAACAAGGCAGAGAACAGGCCAGCCUGGGGCCUUGAGGAGCUAGUUAGAGUGCCUGUCAAGUGUGGGUCUAGGGGGAGCUGCUGGGCCUCUAACAGUGUCUUCUCCCUAGAGCCUAGGGGCGCUGGUGUCCUGUGCAUGCCACGGGGCGGAGGCUGCAGGCCCCUGACACACGGAGAUGGCUGCUCCGCCAGGAUGCCUGGCCCUGAGGGCAGCCCCAGCAACACGUCGAAUCCUUGUGAUCCCUGGGCCCCAUCCCAGUUCUGCCAGUGCCUCACAGUCACCCACUUCCCUGGGCUCAGCUCAGUGGGAAAUCACGGGGCGGCCUGGCCAGAGUCUUCCCCAGAGAGACCCCAGUUUGUCUCUGCAGGAGAACAGCUCAAGUGGUCCCAGUGGGGCGCCGGCCUUCCCUGCGGUUGCCCGCUGGGCCCAGGGCCUUGUAGCAUGCCCCUGGUUUGUGCUAAUGGGAGUGAUGGUGGACGGCACUGGGGGAGGGCUAUGAGCUGAGGCCCUGGAAUUCCUGCAGCAGCCAUUGUCUGCCUGCCGACUGCUGGGCACUGGAACUGGCUUUCUUGCCCUGGAGGGCACACCUUUAAAGGGUGUGGGGACCACCACAGACUGGGAGCUGCUCAGGGACGCAGCCGCUGGCCUCUCCCCGUCCUGUUCUCAGCCCUUUGACGAAUACUCAAGGUCACUGUUCUUCAAAAAGUGGUCCUUAGUCAGUCGGGGUCAUUGUCGGAGCUCAGCCAGUAGGCUUGGCAGUGAGCCAGGGCAGGGAAGGCACUGAGGAUGGAAAGAUUGAGGGUGCAGGCUUCUACUAAAACCACCCCCGAUCUGUGAGUCUAGGGGGAUGAGACCAGGCUGCAGCAGUCAGAGAAGUGUGGCCCUGCCCAGGGGGCUGCACACUUGGGAAGUGACCGUCUCCCACGCCACUUGGGCUGCGGGGGAAAUACCAGAGUGUGGUGUGAGGAAGGGCAGUGCCCUCAAGCUCAGGGGCCAUCCUCCAGGGACCCCCAGCCCAUUGGCAGAGUGCAAGAGGGGACUGCUGUGCAGAGCCCUGUUUGUUCCCAGCCCAAGGGUGCCACGGGUGUGGCCUGACUCCAGAAGCAUGUCCUUGAGAGGACUGUGGGCUUGCAAGGUACAUGCUCUGUUGAGGGGCCCUUUCACCCCCAACCUCGCUGAUGGCGGAGUUCACCUGGUCAGAUGGCCUGAUGCGCUUUAUAAUAAAGGUUGAACGUGUCGACUUCA